CAUCUGCCAGGCGCAACAAGCAGAAAACGGGGAAUUUUUGCUUUACCUUCGAAGUUCGAAUAAAAACCUCCCAGCCAACAGUUCAAUCAUGUCAAAGGCUGCUGCAAAAGAAUUUGCUGAUGCUGCUAUUGUUGGCAACAAGGUGGUUGUCUUUUCCAAAUCUUACUGUCCAUUCUGUAAGAAGGCCAAGGCUGCUCUGAGGGAUGCCGGCUUGACAGAUUUCAAGGUCAUUGAACUGGAAGACAUGGACAACAUGGAUGCAAUCCAGGACUACAUGCUGGAGUUGACCAAAGGAAGGAGCGUGCCGCGUGUCUUCAUUGGAGGGAAGUUUGUUGGGGGAGGGGACGAUGUGGCCAAACUGCAGUCCCAAGGCAAACUGAAGCCUAUGCUUCAAAAAGUUGGAGCACUGUAAGCAGCAUUCGUGCCUCCCAUGAAAACCAAGAAGAACGACUCCUCAGUAGCAGAGGGAACACCUGUUCAGAUCAUGUUGUUUUUUUAAUUCCCGGUCAUUUUAAUAAAGAUCAUCUUCAACCAAGAUUGCCUUUGCUGGAGCAUUUCUUUCACAAACCCAACGCAGUCUUCUAUUGAACCUGCUGUGAUCCUGUAACUUCCCUCAUUACAAUGGGCCAUUCUUGAUGGGUGUUUUUGGUUUUUCCAGGGAAGGUUGGGGGGGAAAGAAUGGCAUUGCUGAUCACUCUUAUCAAUCUGAUCAAUAUCAAUGAUUUACUCUCACUAAAUACCAAAUUUUCACCCCUGAAACGGCUGGUGAGUUCAAAUCCUCAGACUCUCUCACUGAAACAUUCCACCUCAACCACCAUUCUUCCUCUUUUUUGAGGAAUAAUCCUGUUACAGUUACUGCUUGAACGUUUUGUUGGUUGCACCGCUAACGCAGCCAUAUUACUAAGAGCGCACCACAAACUGACUUAUCUUGUGCACUAAGCCUGUUUACACGAUGUCGCUAAAGUGAUGUGUAUGAAUAUAAAGACGAGUCAGUUCGUGACAGACCAGCUUCUUCCUAGAACUUCCCUCUUUUAUGGGAAGAACACCCAAUCGUGUUGCAGCUGGUAGGCCAUGUUGUGUUUACCUCGUGUUCUUGAUCAGUUUAUUCCACCGUGGAAUGCUUUGGGAUUGCAGAAAUUGGCAAAUUCAAAGACUCCUUUUCAAGCUGUUGGAAAACAGGAAAGCAUGCACAGGCAUCUUAAGACCACAGUCUUGACGUUUAUGUAUGAUCAAGCAGUAAACAGACUCAUCCAGGUACAAUUCCCUGUCGGAAUGUCAAAAGCCAUUGCCAGACCUGAACCAGUCAUUUGUGUUGCAAAAUGUAAACCAGUCGUAAACAAUGAUGAAAGAGAUUCAACUAUUGUCACAAUUUUAAUUUGUGCAUUUGUAAAUGAAGCACUUUUGUAUCCCCUUAAGGGUCUGACAUUCCUGACGGAAGUACCUGUUGGAAUUGAAGAACGACGCUGAAAGAAAACAGGUGUUUCUGAUAGUUAAUUUUUGUGUCAAAUAUAAAGUCUUUCUUAAGUUUAGAUAUUGUUUUAAGUAAAUAAUGUAAACACCACAAAUAGUUCAUUGCUUAUAUUGAGAAUUUACUCAUCCUAUUUUCGUAAACGUGGCACAUAUCCUCCUAAAGAAUAAAUCACCGAUUACAGACUUAUCCUCUUCGAAAUAAAAAAAAAGAAAUUGCUUAAAUCUUUCA